AUGACUGGACUCCCUUACGAAGAAGAUAGCCAAAUGAGCUUGCGCCAGCUUGUUCGAAAGUCGAUGGCAUCUGCCGACGCUGUCGUAUCCGACACCGAGCUGCGCGAAAAAGCAACGUCUCAUUUUAACACACUCUUGGAACAACGUCCACGCAAAGGUGGAAAGGAAGAUGACGAGGGCGCUGUGAAGCUGAUGAACCGACUGUUUGGUGCCACAGCUGCUGCCAUGGAAUCCGACGAGGACAAAAAGAGAGUAGCAUUGCUCAAGAACUACAUGCAGUGUUUGAUUGGUACGACCUUGGGUGUUGACGCCUUUUUGCCCGAGUACAUCGAGAAGGAGGAUGAAGAAGAAGAGGAUGAAGAAGGAGAAGAAGAGGGCCAACCCGCCAUGUCAUGGGCGGACGUAGCAGCCAAGAAGUCGGAAGAGCAGGAAACGGCGGUGCAACGCAACGCUUGGUGCGGCAGAUACGAAGCAAGUCUAGCUGCUGAGCGUCGGGAACAUGCCCGUAUUCGUCAAAUGUCCAAGAUAUAUUACCAACAGCAAGAUGAGGAACCUGAGGACUGGGGAUGCUUUGAGCCCCAGUUCUUACCCGAGUUGCCCAGUGAAACCUUCUGCAUGCCCAUCUUUUUCCCAUCCGAAGACAGCUACCAUACAUUUGUGACAGCGCUCAAGUCAGCUCAAGAAACUUUGUACGUGUGCAUUUUCUCAAUGACGGACAACACCACAGCCAAGGCGCUAGCUCAGGCAAAACGUCGCGGUGUGGAUGUAAGAAUUAUUUCGGAUAACGAGCAGCGCGACGCGAAGGGAUCGGAUGUGAUUCGGUUGCACGAGGAGGAAGGCAUUCCGUAUAAGAUGGACAGCGGGGAUCAGUUUAUGCACAACAAGUUUGCAGUUAUUGAUCAGAGAAUGGUUCUCACUGGAAGUUUCAACUGGUCUAUUUCUGCUCGCUACCACAACAAGGAGAACGUUCUUGUUACCAACAUCGACUCUGUUGUACAAGCCUAUCAGAAAGAAUUUGAAAGACUUUGGGACAUGUUCUAA